AUGCCGAGGAGGGCGAGGAGGACCGGCGCGGCGUACGUCGACGACGAGAGGGAGCGCGACAUCACCUUCUUCAAGCGGCGGAACGGGCUGUUCAAGUGCGCCAGCGACCUCUCCAUCCUCACCGGCGCUAGCGUCGCCGUGGUCAUCGAGGACCAGAACCGCAGCAAGUUCCACGCGGUCGGGACGCCGACGGUGCAGGCCGUCGUCGACGCCGCCCUCUCAAGCGACGUGGAGGAGGCGGCGGCUGAGGCGCGGCCGGUCGCCGACGAGCAGCUGAUGGAGAGGAUCGCGCCGCUGGAGAGGGAGCUGGCUUGGCUGAAGGGUGAAGCUGCCGAGAAGGAUGAGACGACGAAAGCAUCCAAAGCUCGGUUCAAGAUGGCCCAGAAGAAGGAGGAGAACGAAGAGGAGGGUGACACGAAGAAGAAGAAGCUCUUCUUCUCCAAGGCCGACAAGCUCAGCUCAGACGAGAUGAAUGAACUGUUAGCUGAGAUGCUUGAGAUCAAGAAGGAACUCAACGUGCGGCUACCCCCGCUACGUCGUCGCGGUGGCAAGCGGCCAAUCCAGGGCUCUAGCGUGCCACCUCCACCGCCGCCGCCGCCACCACCGCCGCAGCCGGAGCAACAGCUGCAGCUGCCGCAAUGGCCGAAUCUGUCCGGUCCUCAUAACCAGUUGCUUCCUGUGGCGCCGCCGCCAUUUGUCGCUGAUCAGCCACCUCCACCUCCACCGCCAGCAGCAGGAGGGUCUCUCUGGAUCCCUGAGCUGCCUCCACCUCCGGUGGAGGGGUCGCCAUGGGCUGGUCUGCUUCCGCUGCGACCACCACGGUUUGCCGGGAUGGAGCCAUCCUUUCUUGAAUCACAGCAAGCUCCGCCUCCGGCACAGGUCAGCACACAGCUAGCACCACUACCUCUGAUACGGGAGGAAGCUCCAUUGCUGCAGGAGCCAUUUCUGUUUGCUGAUCAAGCACCAGUACUUGCUCCUCUGCCGGCGCCAUUGCAGAUGCCUGUGGCAGAAACUCACUUGCCACUGCAGGCUCCAUUGCUGCAGGAGCCAUUUCUAUUCUCUGAUCAUGCACCGACGCUUGCUCCUCUGCCAUCGCCAUUGCAGAUGCCUGUGGCUGAAACUCACCUGCCACUGCAAGUGCAGGCUCCGUUCAUGCAAGAACCAUUUCUGUUUUCUGAUCAGGCACCAGUGCUUGCUCCUCCGCCGACGCCAUUGCAGAUGCCAGUGGAAGCUCACAUGCCACUGGAGGCUCCAUGGAUCCAAGAACCAUUUCUCAUGCCUGAUCAAGCACCGGUCCAUGCUCCUCCACCAACGCCAUUGCUGAUGCCAGUGGGAGCUGAUCACUUCCCACUCGAGGCUCCAUUGUUCCAAGAAUCACUUAUAAUGGCUGAUCAGAAAUCUGUGCAUGCUCUUCCUCCACCUCCAUUGCAGAUGCCUUUGGAAGCUCACCUGCCACCUGCAGCACAAGAGUAUAACCAAGAUCUGGCCGUGCAGCAGCAACCCCAAGAGUAUGAAAACUAUGACUACAUGUUUGAGAACGUGGGGCUCUCACAGGCACAGCCGGUGGCCGCUGGCGCCGGCGACGCAGGCUUUGCAGCUAUAGGCAACGACGACAACCCGUUCGGCUACCAACAGUUGGUUGCCUCUCCUCUCUAUGAUGGACAGAUCUACUUCGGCUCCGGGGUUGAUAACAUGGGCGUUCCUCCUGCUGGUGAUUUUGGUGGUGUUCCUGAAGCUGCUUUGCCGGAAGUCGAGCAUGCGUCUUCGUCCGGUUGGGGAAACAACAUUACUGGUGAUGCUGGUGCAUGGUUCUGA